AUGCCCAAACAAACGCUUGAAGUUGCCAUGACCUUGCAAGGCGUGGAGAGAGUAACUAUCAAUGAUCCUGCCAAUUUUACUUGGAGGCUUAAAAUUAAAUGUACUCACUGCAAUACUGAACACACAAAGAAUGUUUUUGUUUGUGAAAAUGAAAAAGAAGACAAAAACGUAAAAUCUGGUACCAGUGAAACCAACUUGAAUUUCACCUGCCCCAAUUGCAAACGUCAAUCUACAUUGGACAUUGUGAGUGGUAGCUUUAAAGAAAUUUCAGAAAGUGAAAAAUUCUUUCCAAUGAUUCAAUUUGAUGGACGUGGAAUUGAGGUUGUUAAAUGGGAACCAGAAGGUAAUGAAGGUCUAGUUGCCUACAAUAGUGAGAGAACCAGUUUUGAAGUAAAUUUAGAGAAUGGUGAAUAUUAUGACUAUGACGAAGAUACCGAGCAAGAAAUCGCAGUAACCAACAUCAAGACAAGACUUGCAAAAUAA